AUGGCAAAUGCGACCACUUCGUGGCGUAUUUUUGAUGAAAUUACAUAUAAGAAAACAGAAACAUCUCCAAUCACUGAUUAUUCAAUUCGAUUUCGAGAUCCUAGCAGCCCAACGGAUGCCACCAGGAAACAUUUUGUUGCUAUGGCUCCAUGCGGAGGACCUAUUGCUUUUGUAUAUAAAACAUCGGGAAUAGGACCCAACGAUACUACUAAAUAUACCAUUGCUAUACAAAAUUUACCAAAACAUAAUGAUAAAUUUAAAGAAUUUGGUCGAGGUGUAGUUGUAUUUGUUGAUUGGACGAUUAACGAAGAUUUAUUAUUGGUAACUGAAGAUGGUAAAUAUCAUAUUAUUGAUAUAUUUCAUUAUAAUACAAGCAAUGAUAAAACGAUAACACUUAGUGAGUCUGUAUCAACAAUAAGUAGUGCAUGUACGUUCAAAACAAAUCAAGGAACUGGAGUUGUAGCAUUGAGAAAAAACCAAGAAGGCUUUGUCUUAGUAAAAAAUGUCUAUAGUCCGAUUAUUCAAACCAUAGCACUCAAUGUAGAUACUCGUUCAGUAGUAUCGGCAUGGUGUGUACUUGAUCAUGCGGAUAUCACAUUGGCUUAUGCCUAUGAUAAUUAUAUAGUAACAUGUAGUGCUUCAGCAUCACGACGAGAGCCACAAGCUAUUCCCGGUAUUACGGAUACGAUUGUUAAAUUAGUAUCGAGUAGUGAUUAUAAAUAUGUUGGAAUGUUAAAAGAUAAUGGUGACGUAUUAGUUGGAUUAAAGGAUAAUAUCGGACAAGCACAAGCAUUUACAGUAAAAUAUGUAAAUAGUAAUGAUAAAAAUAAAAUUACGGAUAUUGCUUGGUGUGCUUCGGAUACUAUUAUUGGUAUUCGAUCGAGUUCAAAAGCUUGGUAUGAUUUACUUAUUAUUGAUGGAAAAAAUUUACAGCCGAUGACAGAAAAAAGUCGAGAAGCAAUAAGCCAUGAUACUCUUUGUUAUACUUCACCGGUAUGGCUGUCGACAGAGAUCGAUGGUAUUCGAAUCGUAUCUGGUCGAACACUUGAUUUUUUUCAACGUUUACCACAGGAAAUAUUUAAUAUUUUUGCUAUUCUAUCGACUAGUCCAGGUGCAAAACUUUUUUCGGCUUAUAUGGAUUAUAAAUAUGAAAAUCAAAUGGCUGAAAUGUUACUUAAUGAAUUGAAAUCAUCUGGAACAACAAAUGGACUUGAAGAGGCUGUUAAACAAUGUAUUGCAGCAGCGUCCCAUGAGAAUGAUCCAUCUAUUCAAAAACUUUUACUGAAAGCUGCACUAUUCGGUCGUUCAUUCCUCUGCGUUAAUUUAAAUAACCCAAGAGGUUCAAUUCGUCCAACUGUCCAAGUGAUCAAUGACUUGUGUACAAAUGUAAUUCGUGAUUUACGUUUAAUUAAUAAUCUACAUCAUAUUAAUAUUUCUAUGCCACUUACAUUUAAACAAUUUGAAUUGAUUGGUACAAGUAUUCUGAUUGAUCGUUUACUUCGUCGUAAUUUACAUGAAUUUGCUACGAGUGUAACAAAAUUAUUACGUAUGCCUGCCGAAGAAGGGGAAAAUCGUAUUUUAGUGCAAUGGGCAGUUCAACAGCUUGUCAAUCCUUCGAAUACAAAUGAGGAAGCGAUUGCAAAUGCAAUCAAAAAACAUCUCGCAAAUGUACCUGGUAUACCAUUUAUUGAUAUUGUUAGAGAAGCAUUUAAAUUAAAAAAAUUUAUUGUUGUUAGAAAAUUACUUGAUGUUAAAGUUAGUUUAAGAGAUCAAAUUGAUAUGUUAUUAAUGUUAAACGAUAAAGAAGAAGCCUUGACAAAAGCACUUUCAAGUGGUGAUACUGAUUUAGCUCUGUUUGUUCUUAUGCGUAUUAAAUCAAGUGAAUCCUUGAGUGAUUAUAUGCUUCGAUUACAACGGGUGAAAUCAUUACCAUUAAAAUUACAUUUACAAUGUUUGGAAGAACUUGAACGAAACAAUUUCCAUGCUGAACUAAUCAAAAAGAAUCCUGACGAACGAGAACGUAUUGCCUAUUCACAUAUCAUUCAACGAUUUACAACUGCCCUCACAAUACCAGAUCAAAAAGUUGAAUUAAACAGUGCAUCGAAAUUAUUUCGUGAAGCUAAAAAUGAUACAGUUGCUCAGCUAAUUGAUGAAGAAACUCGAUUAAUAAUUAAACAAGAUGAAUUAGAAAAAAAAUUAUACAACGUUCAAUUAAAAGGUUUAUCUUUAGUUGAUACACUUGAAGCAAUUUUAAUUAAUUACGAAAAAGAUGCAGAUACGUUAAGAAAAGACUUUAAUCUUAAUGAUAAAAGAUAUUGGUGGAUUAAAAUUCAAGCCUAUGCGAAAAAAAAUGCCUGGGCACAGCUACUUGAGUUUGGUAAAAAACCAGCAUCACCCAUUGGAUAUGAGCCAUUUAUUGAUGUCUGUAUUCGAUCUCAACGUCUUGAUGAAGCUCGUCGUUUUCUUGAUCGAUCUAUUUAUUCAUCAAAACUUGAUGAAGAACGUCUUCCUUUUAUGUUUGCCAAAGUUCAGAUGGCUGAUGAAGCAAUUAAUUCUGCAAUAAAAUUAAAAUCCAUGGAAGCUUUGCAUUUUAUUGAAGCAAAAUGUCAAUUAAGCGAAGCCAAUUCAACAAGGAUUCGACAAGCAAGAGAAAAAAUACAAGAAUAUGAUGAUAAUCCAUUAAAAAAUGUAUUUAAAAUAUUUAAUCGUGGAAAUCGAGCCGAUGAAUGA